UAAAUUGAGGUAUCAUAAUUCAAUAUUUCAUAGAUUUGGUCGAAGUCAUUUGAUAAAAUUAAAAAUUAACAAUAGAAGGAAUGUUUGUAGAGGUAGAAGCAUAGGAUCAUCGAUUAAAACGGUUCAACUCUCUAUUCCAUAACCUCUUUCAUCUUUUUCUCACUCUUCCCUUUCGUUAAAACCAUUUUUUUGUUAUUAUUUAAACAAAUAAUUAUAAUUUCUCGUCGUGAGGCGCACGGUAGCUUUCGCGGGGAGUUCAACACUGUAUAGAUUUAUAUAUAUAUAUAUUUAUAUAUAGGUAUAAAUAGACGUGUAUGUAUGUGGAGGAAGGUCAUAGUUGAUUGAUUGAGGAAAGAAAUUCAAGUUGAAGAAGAAGAAGAAGAAUUAAGAAAGAAAAGCCCUAGGAAUUGGGAGUGAGCAAUGGAGGCGGCGAAAGCAAACGGUUCCAAUGGGGAGUAUUCGAGUCCGGUAGUGGGUGGUCCGACCAAUCCAAUGGUUACGCCGCUGCUUACGGAUCUUUAUCAGUUCACCAUGGCCUACGCUUACUGGAGAGCCGGCAAGCAUAAAGAGCAAGCUGUAUUCGAUUUGUAUUUUCGGAAGAACCCCUUUGGUGGUGAAUAUACGGUUUUUGCUGGUUUAGAAGAGUGCAUAAGGCUGAUUGGUAAUUUUAAAUUUACAGAAGAUGAGAUUGCCUUCAUUCGCCAAUCUUUGCCUUCUUCGUGCGAGGACGGCUUCUACGAUUAUCUUAGGGGUAUCGACUGUUCAGAUGUUGAAGUGUAUGCUGCCUCAGAGGGAUCAGUUGUUUUCCCGAAGGUCCCAAUGAUGAGAGUUGAAGGGCCUGUUGCUGUGGUCCAAUUGCUGGAAACUCCAUUUUUGAAUCUUAUCAAUUAUGCAUCAUUAGUUGCUACUAAUGCUGCAAGGCAUCGGUUUGUUGCUGGGAAAUCAAAACUUCUACUUGAGUUUGGGCUUCGAAGAGCCCAGGGGCCUGAUGGUGGAGUGGGGGCAUCAAAAUACUGCUAUCUUGGAGGAUUUGAUGCAACAAGCAAUGUUGCAGCUGGGAAGUUAUUCGGAAUACCACUUCGUGGAACGCAUUCUCAUGCUUUUGUUAGCUCUUUCAUGAGUCCAGACGAGAUUGUUGAUAAAUCACUUCGCAGCAGUGAUGGUUCAACUACUUGUGAGGAUUUUAUUAACUUGGUCCAGACUUGGUUAAACAAAAUUAAGUGGUCAAAUUCAUUACAUGGACUUUUUGGCGAAACCAAUCAAAGUGAGCUGGCAGCUUUCAUAUCUUAUGCUCUGGCAUUUCCUAAUAACUUUUUAGCACUUGUAGACACAUAUGAUGUUAUGAGGAGUGGAAUUCCAAACUUUUGUGCAGUUGCCUUGGCACUCAAUGAUCUGGGCUACAAAGCAGGAGGUAUCAGAUUGGACUCUGGUGACCUAGCAUAUCUUUCUUUGGAGACCCGGAAAUUCUUUUUGGCAAUUGAGAAAGAAUUUGAAGUGUCUGGAUUUGGAAAGAUGAGUAUUACGGCUAGUAAUGAUCUCAAUGAGGAAACCUUGGAUGCUUUAAAUAAACAGGGUCAUGAGGUUGAUGCGUUCGGAAUUGGAACUAAUGUGGUUACUUGCUAUUCUCAAGCUGCCUUAGGUUGUGUUUUCAAGCUUGUUGAAAUCAAUAAUCAGCCCCGCAUCAAGCUUUCUGAAGAUGUUUCAAAGGUCUCUAUUCCUUGUAAAAAACGGUGCUUCAGAUUAUACGGGAAAGAAGGUUAUGCUUUGGUAGACAUAAUGACUGGAGAAACUGAACCACCUCCAAAGGUGGGAGAAAGAAUCUUGUGUCGUCACCCUUUUAGUGAAUCCAAGAGAGCAUACGUGGUGCCGCAGCGUGUUGAGGAGCUUCUCAAAUGUUAUUGGCCUGGGAAUUCUGAGCUCAAACGAGAAGACCUGCCACCUCUCAAGGAAAUCAGGCAGCGGUGCAUCAAUCAACUUGAUCAAAUGCGUUCUGACCACAUGAGGAGACUAAACCCAACGCCAUACAAGGUGAGUGUGAGCGCUAAGCUCUACGACUUCAUUCAUUUCCUAUGGCUGAACGAGGCUCCAGUAGGAGAGUUGCAGUAAGAGAGUGGCCUUCUAAACAGGGGGACCAUGAAAGCUAACACUGUACAUUUGCAGCUUUGCAAUAAUAAAUAAAGAGCGAGAGGAGGGUUUGCUUAGAUAGUAAGCAUAAGGCAUAAUAAAUUUAUUCCGUCAGUGUAGUUGUGGAAUAAUUAAUUGUUUCUUCGUUAAUAAAAAUCAUUUGUGCUUUUUGCCUGUGAAAUUCAGUUAUUAUUUCGUUAGUCAAGUGCUGCUUAUGUACACCAAUUUUCGGCAUCAGAAGUUGCCAAGUACUAUGAAAUCUCUUUCAGUCAUAUCUUUUACUGUUGGGUUCAAUCUUGACUGUUA